UUCCUUCUACUGGUUUCCUGUUUGUGGCGUGUAGCGGCUGAUCACGACUUCUAUAUGCCCAAUGCUGAUAUAAUUGACAAUCUUUACACCGGAAGUAGGUACGCAGUCCACACAAAAUGUACCUCUUACGCCAACUCUAAAAGUACGUGUCAAAGUGUUGAAAACACACACCUGGUUCACCUCGAAACUGAAGCUGAGCAACAAUGGCUGUAUCAAGAACUAACGUCCCGUAGUUUGCCUACACGUUUCUGGAUUGGACUGGAGAAGGUCAGUGGAGAAUGGAGCUGGGUGGACACUCAUGGAUCUACUCCGAUAACUAACAUCCAAAGGCUUAGCUCCUAUAAUCCGUACGGUCCGAAUAAUUGUCUGACGUACGGCGACACCAACUGGCAACAGAUGAACCCCAGCAAUUGCUUUUGUUACAUAUGUGAAUAUGUGGUUCCGGUUGUUGAGACAACAACAGAGGCAACCACAGCACAGCCGACUGCCGAAAUGACAACUUUACAGGUAUCUACAGGACAGUCAUCAUGUAGCGUCAUGGACAGGUACUCUGGUGUAAUUCCAAACGCAGCUGUAUAUAUAGUUGUACAAAGACCAAAUGCUGUAAGCUGUUCGCUCGACUGUUUCUCCAACAACAAAUGCAUUGCCAUGCAGUUUGACACCGGCGACAUAUCAUGUUCUCUGUAUAGACCCGGAAGUGACGCACUCGAAUGUGGAGUCGGCGCAUUCACACUAUGUCACGUGAAUGCAGAGAUCGCAAAUGGGUUGUCUUGACUGUUACUUAAACAGAAACCUGCUUGUUUUGGACAUGUAGCAGUAUUUAUGAUAAUUUGAAAAUUGUUUCAUACUUAAACCAUUGUUUGAAUAUUUAUAUUUUAGUUUAUGUGUAAAAAUAGUCGAUAUACAUGUAUAUAUGUAUGUACACUAAAUCACCGUUGUUUCGACUAUCCAAAGUCGUAGUUCGUUUUCUGGUCUAUGCUGUAAAUCAAACAUAUUUGCUCAAUUUUCUCAACUAACGGUAGGAUGACAAUUUCUCGGUACAAACUAAAAAGAUUUGUAAUUCAAAGGACCAUGAAUACCAUCCAGUGCGUCAUAUUUCUAACAAGGAACCAUAUCUCAACGUCAAAAUAUCUGUUCCAUCAAGGAUCACCAUAUUGAUAAUGAAUAACAUUUUUAGCUUUAAACUAUCUAGACUAUAUAUAGCAAAAUAUAGGAAACUGAAAUAGCAGCAGCAGAUAAGCAGUUAAUUGUCUUGUUUACAGCAUAUUUUUUAUUUUAUUUUUUUUUACAUUCAACAUUUUAUUUUCAAUUUUUUAAAAUAUCAUGUUUCAAGUACGAGGAGCAAGAAGUAUGAUAUCUGUUUUCAGAAUAUUUUAUUGUUAAGAUAGUUCAUGCAAUAGAAACUAGGAAACGGACAAACACUAUGAAAGCAUGAAAAGCUCUGUCACUUAUAUAGCCUAUGAAUGUCAUGGGAAGUUUUCUUUCAUAUACUUUUAUAUCUUAAGUAACAAAGGUAAGCGGAAUCGCGCAAAAAAGAUGCAUGGCGCUUAAUAAUUUUAACUAUGUUGGUA